AUGGAUUCAGACAAUUCAGAUAAUUACGAUCAAGAAUUUUGGGAGUUGGUUGAAGAUGAAUUUAUGGACGACAGUGAUGAAGAACAACAGCUUCAAAAUGAACUUCAAUCUGGAAGUUCCUCUAGGCUAAAGAGAAGAACAACGAUAGAUCGAGGCCGUGAAGAAGGGCAUAAUCGAUUGUUCAAUGACUACUUCUUAGAAAAUCCAGUUUACACAGAUGUUCAAUUUCGAAGAAGGUUCAGAAUGCAUAGUCAUGUAUUUCUUCAAAUUGUAGACGCCCUUGGAAAUCAUGAUGAAUAUUUCCAAAUGAGGGUCGAUGCAACUGGAAAAAUGGGUCUUUCACCAUUGCAGAAAUGUACAUCUGCUAUUCGUAUGUUGGCGUAUGGGUCUGCUGCUGACCUUGUAGACGAAUAUGUUCGAAUCGGUGAAAGCACUUCAAUUGAGUGCUUACAAAGAUUCGUUCAGGGCGUGAAUGCUGUAUUUGGGGCUGAGUAUUUGAGAAAGCCUAACAACACUGAUGUUGAACAUCUUUUACAAGUGGGAGAGUCACAUGGGCCAUGGCUUUCCAGUUUUGUCGAGACAUUUAGCGGUCCUCAUCCGAAUCUUGCAACCAGACUACAAAGAAGAGCAAGUAUUCGAGAAAAACAAGUUCAUCGUCAAUUUCAAGGAAAUUUAGUCGAGUAUAUUUGGGAACGUUUUGGACAUUUAGAUGAUGAAAUUUAA